AUGACGAUCGACGCAGAGUCAAGAAAGAGAAAGCUAAUACCUGAAGCUAACCAGUCUACUCUCGAAAAAUUCUACAGACCAGUCGUUGAAAUGGCACACCGAAAUCCAAACCCCUCAGCACCCGCGACACCAACCGCCGUCAAACCGCAGCACGGACAUCCUCGAAAGGAACAAAAGUCUCUCCCAACACCAGAGCCCUGGCUCUUCAGCUCGAGAUCUGAGGUACCGCGACGCUUCGAGUCGAUAGAGUUACAAUUGCCUGAGUUACCUCCACCUCCAAUGCUGCAUCCGAAGAUCUUGGAAGGGCUUGCGGCAGCUAAGAAAAAUGCUCAAGAGAAGAGAAAUGGGGUAGUGGAUGUCAGCAAGCCACUUCCACCGCUCCCCGCCGACGCGGAAACUGUGCCGUUCUCGACCGCGCCGUAUCGAAAUAGUGCUGCAAGCCAGCAAGUCGCCGAACGCUUUAGUAUCAAGAGGAAGCCGGUGCCGAACUACUCACGGCCUAUGUUACUUACAGAGUUACCCGUGGCACCAAGGAAAGACGGACCAUUACUCGAAAGAAGGUCAAGGAGCGGCGCUGUCAAGGGGCAGGCCGCACCGCACCGCGGAGGCGAGCGUCGCACGCACUUCAGCAACUCGACAACAGCGCCCGUAGAGGCUCGUCCAGUGGAGACUCACGGACACGUAGUGGAGCCGGAACAGCUUGAGCGCGUUACAAGGCGGGGAACGGCUUGA